AUGCUUCACGACACUGGCAGGAACGAAGCUUAUGCCAAUGCACUCCGCGCACUCUCCGCACCACCCGAGCUCGUGCUCGAUUUAGGUGCUGGCACCGGGCUACUGGCCGGUUUAGCAUGCCAGGAAUUUCCUUCAACACGUGCAGUGGCUUGCGAGGUCUACGCCGCAUGCGCGGAUGUGGCCCGGCAAGUGCUUGAAGAGAACGGCCUGCACCAAAGAGUUCGGGUCGUGAACAAAGUCGCCAGCGACUUGGAGGUCGGCGUGGACCUUCCGCAGCGGGCGGACGUCUGCGUCUUUGAGCUUUUCGACUCACAGCUUCUUGGGGAGAGCAUCUUGCCGAUUCUGCGAGAUGCGCAGGCGAGACUGCUGCAGCCGAGUUGCACGUUUGUUCCUCGUCGGGUCACUGUGCGAGCAAUGCUGGUAACAUGUCCGGCCGUGGCUGCCUGCGACCUCCCAGAGCUCCGUGGCGCCCCGUGGCCAUUGGCCCUGGGGCAGCUGGGUCUCAGCUUGACCGGCAACGACAAAGACGCAGCGGUUCGAGGGCUCUCCGAACCAUGGGAUGCCUUCGCCAUCGACUUUGGCAGCUUGCCCUCGAGCUGCCCACGAUCAGCACCUGCCACGGUCCGCGCAUCCCAUGCGGGCGUGGCACAUGCUGUCGCGUGGUGGUGGGAGCUGGACAUGGGAGGUGGCUACACACACAGCAGCUGGACCGAUGCCUGCAGCUCGGAGGAGCAUUUCUCGGCUCGCCACCACUGGCGUCCUUGUCUGUCCUUCUUGGCCCCAACCGCUUUGGCUUCAGGUGACGACGUAAGGGUUGUUGCUGCUCACGACGACGAAGGAGUCUGGUUUGCCUGGCACUCCCAGGAUGACAGCGUUCCCUCUCGCUGGGUCCCGGGCAUCACAGCUAUCCCACCGGAGCGGGACAGGCUGCUGAUCGCAGCCCAGGAAUCAUACCGCCACUUCUUGAGCGCUGCCAUGGCGCAGGCAGCUUCCGAGGGAUCCGGCAAGGUCUUGUUUCUCCCUUCCGAGGAUUACUGGUGCAUGGCAGCUUUAGGCGAUGCGAUGACAUCCAUGACCGGGGCCUGUAAGGCCGUGCAGGUUUCUGUGCCCAUUAGAUCAAAAGCCCUAGCAAAGCUGCAGUCGAGAGGACAGUGGCCACAUGGUCUUCAGGCGGUGAAUCCCGGAGAGGUGCCGGCCAAGGAAGGUCUUGCAGCGCUGGAGCCCUUUGUCGCCGCAGAGGCCCGCCCCUGGUGCAUGGCAGCAGCUUUGCGCCGGCGUGGCACACUGAACUUGCCGGUGCCGGCAAGCAUCCACAUCCUCGCGGUGCUGGUGGAGUGCCAGGGCGUCUGGAUGGCGAGGCAGCCUCUUGGCAGCCUCUGUGGGCUCUCGAUGAAGGCAGCAAACCCCUUCCUGGUACCAGCACGGAAUCGUCCGCUGGAGUGCAACCUGUGUGAGAUGGCCUGGCGCCCGCUGAGUAGCCCGCGCCGUGUGCUUGAGCUGGACCUCUCAUCCAAUGGCGCCAAAGAUGCUUCAGCAGUCGAAACGCUUGAGGUGGCCACGCCGGGCCGCUGCCACGGGAUCGCAUUCUGGGCCGAAUUUGCGGUCGAGGCUGCUGUUCUGAGCACAGGCCCUAGCGCCUCACGAGCACCCACGGGUUGGAGUCAAGCGCUGCACCUCUUCGAGGAACCUGUCGGCCUCAUGGAGGGCAUGAUGCUGGAACUGCACCUCGCAGUGGAGGGUGAAGAGGCCAGAAUCCAUGUCCGUCCUGACAUGACCUGCAUCAGGGCCGCCUGCCGAGCUCUUCAGGAUGAGAAUGCGUCGGUUCGGGCACUGGCAAUCCCCAUGAUCCGCACGCUGAUAGCAGGUCAAGAUCCCAAGUGCUGCGUGGCGGCUGCCAAGGUCGCCGCCCUCGCGAUGGAACAUGCGGAUCCGGACGUGCAGCACGCGGGCUCGCUGGCCCUUGUAGGCAUCUCGAAAGUACAGAAUGGACCACCGGUGGAGAAGAAGAAGAACAUCAAUGCCAAGAUGACCUUGCAGCAGCAGAUGGAGAUGCUCCGAAGCUCGCAGCUGGCGACGCUGCAGCCACGGAGGCAGUACAACGAUGCGGGGGAUGAUGCCGACGAAGAGACGUUCCCAAAAGUUAGCAACGAGGAGCUCGAUGUGGUGAUUGCAAUGUUGGAUCGGGCAGAGCUUCGUGCGAACGGCCAGGAUAGCGACGACUCGAAAGAUCAAGUGGCCGCAUCCAUUGUUCUGGACACGCUCAAUGCCAUGGCAGAGCGCAGUCGAGCUGCGAACGGGAACGCGCAGCCGGCCGCUGAAGAGGAGGCAUUCGAAGAGGUGGAGGAGUGGGAGGACACCUCCGGCAGCGAGGGCACUGACACCUCCUUCAGCUCAGGCUCGGGUGACGAGGACCGCGCGCGAGCAGCGCCGAAGAAGCGGCUUCAGGAAGCCGUGAAGAAAGCCUUCAUCGGCAAGCUGGCGGCCAAAAACACGAAGACGCUGAAAGCUAUGGGCGGUGAAGGAGGUGGGCCUUCAAUCGCGGAGAAGAUGCGCAAGGUCCACCAGAAGGAGGGACAAAUGCAAUCUUGGAGGAAGGUGGAAGCGCUCCUGAGCUCCGGAGACCUCCAGAAGCGCCAGGCGGGGCUCAAGGAGGUCUCCGCAGCCGCAGGCAUCUCUGCAAGUGCGUCUGCCAAGGAGGGGGUGGCAUCUGUCACGCAGCGCAAGGCCCAGGCCAAGCGACUCCUUCGGACGAUGGCGACCUCAGACCCUUGUUGGCAGGUGCGCGAGGCAACCCUGGACCUCUUCGUGGAGGUUGCCUCGGAGGUGAACGUUGACUUCAUUCCGGCGGCACUGGAAGCCAUGGGCGAUGCGAUGUGGCAGGUACGGCGCGCGGCGCUGCGUGCAUGCUCGGCCCUUUGUGCUAGUGGUGAGGCAGUCCUCACGCCGGAGGACAUGGCCGAAGCUGUGGAGGCUGCUCAGGGCCUCGUGCCGGAUUGGAACAGCUUCGUGUCUCUCGAAGCUCUGGGAACGCUGGAGCGCUUCUCAGAUUUGGGCUACCGCCCCACGUCUGGCCUUGAACAGGCCUUUGCCCGCGCUCUGCACCACCGGGAUAAGGAGGUGCGGGAGAAAGCUGGGGCCACCCUCUACCGCAGUGCGAACACCUCCGGGCAUGAGGAGGCAGCUGCCCAGGCGAUCGCCGAACUCUUGGCCUAUGUCGACCUGGAUGUGAAGCUUGGGAAGGACGAGGCAUGCCUGCUGCUCAAGCGGCUCGGGCCCACGAGCAUCUCUGUUGGUGCCGUCAGCAGCCGGAUCUCGCAAGGCUACGACGAGCCCACACGCUGUGCGGCCCUGACCGCACUGGCCGAGUUUGCAAAGGCAGGCGAGGAGCACCCACCUGGAACGGCCGUGGAGGGCGACGAGCGCGAGAAGGAGAAGGAGAGCACCAAUGAGAUCCGAAAGGUGCAAGAACGGAGCCAGUGGGCUAUGAAAGCCGCCCAGGCUACGGCCCGUCUUGGGCUUCAGGACCCAGCGGCUGUCGUGAGACAGGAAGCCAUCGGAGUCAUGGGAGGUUUCGGACUAGAAGCCUGGCAACAAGCGCUUCAGACGGUGCAGGGCAUGUUGGAGAGCCUUGGCUUCAAACUUGUUCCACUCUUCUUCCGGCACCGCUCCUCCUUGGAGCCUUCCUGCCGGUGCUCCGUGCUCGAGGCGGUGGCGAACCUUUUCGCGACGUCGGAUGCCAUCCAGAGCCCGCAGGGUGGUCCAGCCGAAACCCUGGGAAAAGACGACCUAUCUGCCAUUCUCGAGCUCAUCGCAUCCUGUUUCGAAGAUCCCGAUGCGGAUGUCCGGAACGUGGCGACCUCCGUCCUGUGCGGGCUGGCUAUGGGCGGCAAGGGCGGUGGCUUGGAGUUGAUUGAUGUAGUCCUACAACUUCUGUUCAGACUCAGUUAA